AUGCCAGAGUUUGUAGAAUUCGCGAGGCAAAAACGCACUGUGGUUCAUGGUGAGGCCUUGCACUUAUGGGAAUCUGAUGCCAACUUGUUCUUGGAGGAAUUCCUCCGUCUGGAGGGUCAGGGCAACUAUUCGCAAGACAUUUGUGUUUGUGGUGAGGAAGCUGCGAUAUAUCGUUGUCAGGAUUGUCACGGUUCUGAGAUGUUCUGUCAUUUGUGUAUGGUCCGUGUACAUGCAAGACAGCCGUUUCAUAAAAUGGAGCGUUGGGAUGGCAUCUCAUUCGACGAUAUUACCUCGAAGUCCAUGGGGAUACAUUUGCAACUUGGACACACCUCUGGCGUUUGUUGUGACCACCCACUCCCUGCUUUCAACGACGACUUCGUUAUCAUCCACUACAACGGUAUCUACGAAGUGGGGUUAGAUUUCUGCGGAUGCGCUUCUGCUCAGCCACACAUCAUUCAACUACUACGUGUUCGUCUCUUUCCUGCAACAACAGUCGAUCCCAAAACAGCCGCGACAUUUCGGGCACUGGAAUACUUUCAAAUGUUGUCUUUUGAGUCCAAAGUUUCCACGUUUGAAUUUUACAAACAGCUGCCCGACCGUUAUGAAUCUAUGUUGUGCAUGAUGCGAGAGUGGCGGUUCAUCAAGCAGAUGCAACGCGCUGGUCAAGGUCAUCACCCCAAAGGUAUCGCAGCAACUGAACCAGGCGCAUGUGCUGUAUUAUGUCCUUCAUGUCCCCAUGUAGGAAAAAAUCUGCCAGAUGGAUGGGAAAACGCACCAUCUGAAAUACGAUCCAGAUUCCUAUAUGCCUUAUUUCUGGGCAUUGACGCCAAUUUUCGUCUGGCUCACUGUAACGUCUCUUCGGCCACGGCCGAUCCUGGUCUCAAUCACAGAUAUGCUUUUUUUGUAGAGGAACAUGCCUACAAAAGUUUUAUCAGUUCACAAGAACGAGCUGCCCAGGAGAUGAGUUCGUGCUCCAGUCACAAUGCGGUAAAUCUCGCAGAUACAAGAGUCUCGCGUGGGCUUGCGGCCACUGGCGCCGGUACCAUCAAUUGUGCACGACACAAUUUCAAACAGCCCUGCUCCGUCGGUGACUUACAAAAGGGCGAACGGUGCAUAAUGUUCACUUUUUACAUGCAGUCUUCAUCGGACAUAGUGGCAUUAAAUAUAUCAUAUGAUAUCGCUUGCCAAUGGAGCAAGCAUAUCUGGACACGUAUGUCCACCUUCCUGCACCAGUACCACAUCAAACACCAUGAAAAGUCCAUUGUGUUUCUCAUACCGAAAUUUCACCUGCCAGCCCACAUCGCCAAAUGCCAGACAUCCUUCUCCUUCAAUCUGAUCAAGAGUGUUGGUCGCAUGGACGGUGAAGCUCCAGAGCGCGGGUGGGCAGACAUAAACCCCAUUGCUACAAGUACAUGUGAAAUGGGUCCCGGUUCAAGGUGUGAUACCUUAGACGACCACUUCAAUGAUUGGAAUUGGAAGAAGAUAUGCGCAAUGGGUUUAAUUUUCCGCCAAAAGUACAACUUCGCAUUAAUUGAGGUCCAAGAACAUGUCAAUGAUCUCACCAAUUUCGAGGCUUCUCUUGCCACAGAUGAGCUAGCCGAAUGGAGGAAGGACAUUGAGGCAUGGGAGGAAGACCAUUCACGACCGAACCCAUUUGAAGACAGAGCUACGACAACAAUGACUCAGGCUGCCAUGCGUCUGGCCUUAUCAACGGCAGAGGCCACAGAGAUUGAGCGUGGUAACGAUGUGUCCCUACAUGAUGAUAUCUUGCCAUCAGUACUGAUUUCAUCGGGAUUAGAACUUGAAGAUCAACAGUUGCAUGUUCAGAAGGGCAAGCUCUUACAGCGGGUGAAUGCUCUUCGCCGACGCAUUGACACAUGGAGCCGGGUACAGUUGUUGUAUAUGCCUGGCGUCUCCCGCCUGCGGUUGCCGGAUGACGUUGCAACUGAAGCCAAGUGGGAGUUGCGUGAAGCUCAAGCGUAUGACACACUGAAUGACCUCCGCACUGUGCUCAACCUGCGAUACCAUCUUUACAAAAGCGCACUUCUGAAUCUGGCAUCAAGGCUGGGCAAGAACGACAACUGGGAGAGGAGCCUGAAGCCACUCGACAAGCAAAAGGAUGCAGUACCACUCAAACACGACGAUGGCCAAACGAUGGGGCAGCAAAAUAUAUCGUGGAUAUGGAAGACUUCAGGCUCCAACAGCAAUGAGCUAGGGCUGCAGGACUCACUACCUCAUCGCUGGGAGGAAGAAGUGCAGUUACUGCGUGAGGAAAUGUGCCGCGUCAUUGCAUUUCUCGACUGGCACGCUGGCUGGUGGGACACGCAAGGUUCACAAUGUACUUUUAGCUCACUGCAAGCCGGAGAGGGUGCACUUGCUUAUGCCCAACGCCAGGCCAAUCUACGCCGAAAAAUGGCUGUAAAAACAGUCUCUACAAGCCCAGCCAGAAAUGAAUCCCUACAACGUGAUGCAGGACAUCGGACUUGA